AUGGCGAGCCCCUCCAUCGUGGAUUCGCUCAAGAGCGCAAACCUCCUCCCUUCAUCCAUCAUCCCCGACUCCUUCACCCCUACCCUCGAUCUCGCAGUCAAAUUUCCCUCUGGGCUUUCUCCCGAAAAAGGCAGCCUUGCGCGCGUGACCCAAAUCAAGGAUGAGCCCGUCAUCAGCAUUUCCGCUACCCCCACAUCUUCAUCAUCCUCUACCUUCACAUUCAUGAUGAUCGACCCCGACGCCCCAACACCAGAUGAUCCUAAAUUCGCAUACUGGCGCCAUUGGAUCGUAACGUCGAUCCCAGCCUCAUCUACCGACGACAUCAUCGCAACCGGGAAAACCAUAACGCCGUAUCUGGCGCCUGGCCCCAAGGACGAGAGCGGUCCGCAUCGGUACUUGUUUCUGCUUUUUGAAGAGAAGGAGGGCAAGACUAUUGAAAAGGUGGAGAUCGGGGGCGACGAGUUUGUGGAGCGGAGGAGUUUUAGGGCAGAGGAGGUGGUGCGGAAGAAGGGGUUGAGGCUGGUGGGCGUGCAGUGGAUGAGGGGCGUGGGGGAUGGGUGGAAUGGAGGAAAUGAUGAGCCGUGA